GCCCUGCCCGCCGGCGGCAUGGAGCAGAGCGACGCGGACCACCCGGUGACCCUCAUCAUCAGGGCCCCCAACCAGAAGUACACCGACCAGACCAUUAACUGCUGCCUGGGCUGGACUGUGGGCAAGCUCAAGUCUCACCUCUCCAAAGUCUACCCCAGUAAACCGUCUACAAAGGAUCAGAGGCUGGUGUAUUCUGGCAGACUACUUCCUGAUCACCUGCAGCUGAAAGAUGUUCUCAGAAAACAAGAUGAGUAUCAUAUGGUUCAUCUGGUAUGUACUUCUCGGACACCCCCAAGUUCUCCAAAACCCAGCACAAGUAGAGAAGGUCACGGAGCUUCAACCUCCAGGAGUAGCUCAAAUUUAGAUAAUUCUGGAUUGACUGCUGCCUCACCCACAAACCAAGAAACUUCAUCUACGUCUUUGAAUGCAGAUGGAGUGAGACGUCGUAAUCUUCCCCAAGCACAAAGCAAUCCCACGCCAAGCCACCAGUUCCCUUAUUUCAUGCAAGGCAAUAUAGGCAACCAGUUUCCAGGCCAAGGUGUUCCUGCUGGAUUUUCUGUGUAUCCUGCCUUCAGUCCCUUACAAAUGAUCUGGUGGCAACAAAUGUAUGCACGGCAGUACUACAUGCAAUACCAAGCUGCUGUUUCAGCCCAAGUGACUUCCAGCCCUGAGCCAGCAAGAUCUGCAGCUGCCCAGGCUGCAAAUUCAGAGCGUGCUCCUGCAAAUGAGCCCGCAGCAGCGCCCAAUGUAGCCAUCCAGGAGAACAGGCCUGUCAACCCGAAUGUCCAGAUGAAUGCACAGGGGGGCCCCGUGGUGAAUGAGGAGGAUUUCAACCGGGACUGGCUGGACUGGAUGUACACUUUCUCUAGAGCAGCAAUUCUUCUGAGCAUUGUAUACUUUUAUUCUUCCUUCAGUCGAUUUGUCAUGGUAAUGGGAGCCAUGCUGCUGGUUUAUUUGCAUCAAGCUGGAUGGUUCCCCUUUAGGCAAGAGGGAGGCCAGCAACAGGUGGCCAAUAACGUAGAGGUGAACCAUGAUGGGCAACAUGCAAAUAAUCCUGAUCUUGAAGAGAUGGAACGACUUAUGGAUGAUGGGAUUGAUGAAGACAGUGGAGAAGAUGCAGGAGAAGAUGCCAAUACAGAGCAGCAGCCUGGAUUCAUGGCUUCUGCUUGGUCCUUUAUCACAACCUUCUUCACAUCACUCAUCCCUGAAGGGCCUCCACAGGUUGGCAAUUGAAGCGGAAGAGAACUGUUUCAGGUAGCCUCAGUAGCCAUACGUAGAAGUGGAGCAGAUUCUAGAGAGUUUUAAAUACAGUGCAAUUUCUGAAAAUUUAUAAUGUUAUCUUUCUGAUCAUGAUGUACAAAAGCGUGUAUUUUUUUUUUCUUUUGGCUUUCUCAUGCAUUGAAGCACAAGUGGACUAAAUGCUUUCUUUAAGAUUCUUCUUUUUCUGAAGAAUAAAAUGUAAAGAUAUUGGUCUUCCAUGUUUCAUUUUAAUUUCAAAUGUGUAUUAUACUGAGGCAAAAAGCUUGUACUUAAUCUGCACCAUUGCCUCUUUAAAGAGCUGUUAAAAAUGUGAAUGUUGACAGACCUUUCUAAAUGCAAUCUAUUCAUCUGAAUAAUGUAUCUUGUGUUCGUUUUAUGCAGGUUAUGAUUUACCACUCAGGAGGUGGAGUUUAUAUCAUUCCUGAAAGAAUGCUGUAAACACAAGGGUUAGUUGUUAAUGGCAUGUUGCAUUCAUGCCAUAAAAUACUAAGGGUCUGCUUUUACGUUUAGAAAGCUAAAAGCUUUUU